AUGUUUAGCACAAACCUUUUCAACAAAUCACCACCUACUUCUUCAGAUGACCACUAUGUCUUUCCUCCUGUCCUCCAAAGUUUUCUCAAGAAAGAUUCUAUUUCCAAUGCCCCAUCCACACCCGACAGAGCUCCUCUGAUUACUGAUUCUAGUGGGGAUUCCUCUCAACCUCCUUCCACCUCCUCCCUCUUCUCUCGACGCUUGAUUAUGUUCUCUGUGCCCUCUGAUAGCGAGCCGGAAUCCUUUCGAGGAUUAUCUCGGGGUCAGCGCCUUUUUUACUUCGGUGUAUCAGCCUUUUGCGCCUCUUUGUUCUUCUCCUUCGCUCUCAUCUUCGUCCCUCUCCUCACCACACCUUCGGGCUUACGCAAAUUCGUUCUCAUGUAUAUCCUCGGCAAUGUUGCACUCAUGUUCGCAUUCGCCUUUGCCUUUGGUCCUUGGGCGUAUGUAAAGAGUCUGGCAACUCGGGACCGUCUACUCUCUACCUUAACUUACGGAGGAAGCCUCUUCAUUGGUAUCUAUGGCGUGGUGUGGUGGCGAAGCACCUUCUGCGCCCUCCUUGCUAUCGUCAUCCAAAUCGGGCUGGGCCUGUGGCAGCUGAAACAAUUUAUUUGGGGAGGGGCGAAGGCCCUUUCCUUCUUAACUAUACUCUCCUCUCUGAGGCCGGGCAGAAUCUCGGGUACCAAUCUACCGGUUUAA